GAUGGUGGGAGAACGGCCCUGGGGAGUAACGUUAGUGUGGCUGCGCUCAGGCUCUGGGCCUCGACCGUUUGCUUGGAGCAUCGGGAUGGUGGGGCCCGGUCGAGGAGCCACAGAACUACCUGUGCAUGUAAUCUUAUCCGCGGGAGGGGUGAGGGAGAUUGGUAAUGAUGUUGAAGCGUACUGAUUGCCAUUCGUUCUCACUUUAUCAAUAGUCGAUGAUCCUGGUAACUACAUCUGAUCUCACAGGUUACACCCUGCAAUGUUUCUAAUCACCCCCUUUCUAAAGGACAGAAUGACUGAUAUUCGCCAUUCCCUUUUGAGGCGGGAUGCUUUAAGUGCAGCAAAAGAACUCCUUUACCAUUUGGACAUCUUGUUUAGCAGCCAGCUGCAGAAUGUGCCUGGUCCACUUGUUGACAAGUCCACCAUUGAGCUUGUGGAGGAAUUUAUAUUCCAGCUUUCAAAAGAACGUAAUACUCAACCAAAAAGAUUGAGUUCAUUACAGGAGCUGCAGCUGCUGGAGAUCAUGUGUAGCUAUUUCCAAGAACAAAAUAAAGAUGCAGUUCGACAGAUCAUCUUCUCUGCGCUGUUUGCUCCUCAGGGUAAUAAAGCAGAUGAAAACAGAUUGGCUAUGUUGGGAAAACUUGUAUCCAUGGCAAUAGCAAUCUGUCGAGUUCCCAUCUUGGAAUGUACUGCAUUAUGGUUGCAAAGAACACAUGCAGUAUUCUGUGUAAGACUUGCUAAGGUCCUGACUGAGGAUUAUUGCAUUUUGGUGCCAGGAUCAGUGCAGACCUUAAAACGAAUUGUUCAUGCCAGCCCUCGAUUCUGCUGUCAGUUGAUCACUGCAGUUACUGCAUUGUAUGACCUUUCAACAGAUGACCUAAUUCCUCCUUAUGAUCUACUGGAGAUGGUUGUAUCUUGGGUGUAUGAUGAUCCACGCCUGACACUGAUUACAUUUUUGAACAGUCCAGCUAGUCUACCACGUGGAUUUUUGGAGCUCACACCACUUCCAGGCCUAAUCCGUUGGUGUGUACUUGCACCUUUGGCCUACAGGAGGAACCACAAAAUUUCUUCAGCUCAAUCCUUGAUAAAUGGCAACGGCAAUAAAAUGUGCAAGGAGUUUGAAAAUAAUGUAAACGAUGACUUCAAAAUCCUUUAUUCAAAGUUGCAUCUGAGUGUUCUUCAGGUCCUUAUGAUACUUCAGGGCCAUUUGACAGAAAAGAACUUGUAUGGACGUUUGGAGCUUAUCAUGUUUGAACAUGUAGAUCGGCUUGUUGAAGACAUUAACAAACUUGUUAAAGAACUCAAUCUUUCAAAUCUUGUGAAGGAGAUUGAGCUUGCAUUAGACAGAUUAGCUCAAGCCCUGCAAGUCGGUAUUGCAUCAGGAGCACUAUUGUGUACUAGAGAUGACUUACGAUCAAUUUGCUCUGUCCUUCCACAUAACAACUUGCUUCAAUUAGUCCUUACAGGACCAGUACAACAGUCUCCACAUACAGCAUUGCCACCAGGGUUCUAUCCACACAUCCAUGCAUCAUCUGCUGGAUAUCCCAUGUAUUCUACCCAUCCAGUGCAGACAUAUAUGCCGGGUAUGGCUUUUUCAUAUAGACCAAUGCGAUAAACGAUUGGCUAUUACACUGAAUUUGAUUGGAUAUACCUCCCUUUGGAAUAUAUACUUAUGGAUUCAAACCAAUUGUGGAAAAUAGUUUCAGUACUGUUUUUUUAACUGAAAUUUGUACUAUCAGUGAAGAUAAAAUGGAUUUAUUGAAACCUGCGCAUUUAUAUUUCUUAUGGAUAUUUACGAAUUUUUAUGUUCAAAGGUAACAUGAGUGAGACUUUUUCACAUUUAGGAAGCUAUCACAAUUUUAAAAAAGCGAAGGUUUUUAAUUACAUCCAUUUGUUAAUUAUCUGUAACUUAAUAUUGUUUACUUGCCUAUAUUGUUAAAUUACAUUGUCUACAAAACCUUUUUAUAAAGGAGUGAAUUAAAAACUGUGCUGUGUUCUCUUCUCUGACUACUAAUUCUUUCUGUAAUAAUAUCUGUUGGGUGUUUCAUAACUCCUGUAUUGUUGGAGCAUUUUGCAUUGAUAUUUACAUAGUCAAAAAGCAAUGAAUUUGUCACUCGUCUCUUGGAAGAAAAUAGUUUGAGUGGAUUCAUGAGUUACAAUACAUACUUUGAUGAAACUGGUGAGUAAUGCUGUAGUUUUGGAAUGAAGAUGACAAUUCUAAAGACCUAAACAUCAUUAUUGAUCAGAGAACUUGCACAAAAUGAGCAGAAUCAGUUACCCCAUAAACAAGGAAAAUAAUGGAUUUCUCAAGUAGUGUCUCUGUCAAGGUCCUUUGGCAUAAUAAAACAAUCUAUUGCAACCAUA